AUGACGGAAGAGUCUGCUGUGAAGGUUUGUGUUCGAGUCCGUCCGCUUAUCGCGAGUGCUGCAUCGGAGAAUGCAGAGCCUCCCCAGCUGUUUUGGAAAAGUGAUAAGAAAUCAAUUCAUCAGAUCGAUGAUGGGAAUUCCACCAAGAGCUUUAGUUUUGACCGAGUGUUUAUUGCUGAAGAAACAACAAAUCAGCUGUACCAAGACAUUGCAAAGCCUCUGGUUGUUUCCACUGUCGAGGGAUACAAUGGAACCAUAUUUGCUUAUGGGCAGACUUCCUCUGGAAAGACUUUCACUAUGAUGGGGAGUGACCAAACUCCCGGAGUGAUACCACUGGCUGUGGAGGAUGUCUUCCAAACCAUUAAAAAUUUUCCAAAGAAGGAGUUCCUUCUCAGGGUGUCUUACAUGGAAAUCUACAAUGAGACAGUGACUGAUCUGCUUGUUGACAGCUGGAAAAGAAGACCACUGGAAGUCCGAGAGACAAUCAAUAAAAACAUCUAUGUGGCUGACCUGACUGAGGAAAUGGUUGUAUCUUCAGCACAAGCCCUAGCCUGGAUUCGGAAAGGAGAAAAGAACCGCCACUAUGGAAAAACAAAAAUGAACCAGCGGAGCAGCCGCUCACACACCAUUUUCCGAAUGAUCCUGGAGAGUCGUGAAAGGAGCGAUCCAGCAUCAGGUGAAAAUGUGGAUGGAGCCAUUCUUGUGUCUCAUUUGAAUUUAGUUGAUCUAGCUGGAUCUGAGAGAGCAAGUCAAACAGGAGCUGAAGGUGCACGUUUGAAAGAAGGUUGCAAUAUCAAUCGCAGUCUGUUCACACUCGGCCAAGUGAUCAAGAAAGUGACUGAUGAAAGCCAGAAGGGUUUCACCAACUACAGAGACAGUAAACUAACCCGCAUCCUGCAGAACUCUCUUGGUGGGAACGCUAAAACAGUCAUCAUCUGUACCAUCACUCCUGUUGCUCUAGAUGAGACACUCAGCACUCUGCAGUUUGCCAGCACUGCAAAGAAAAUGAAGAAUGACCCCCAUGUGACAGAGGUGUCUGAUGAUGGGGCUCUGCUCAAAAGGUAUCGCAAUGAAAUUGUAGACCUCAAGCGACGACUUCAAGAGGUUUCUUCAAUCACACAGACCACCGCAACUGAGAAGGAGGUGCUCUCCCAGCUGCUCCAAGAGAGGGACCAGCUCCAGAGAGAACAGCAGGACAGGAUCAGAAACCUGACCAAACUGAUCGUCACCAGCUCCAACCUGGUUCCCGUUAAAAAGAUGCCUAAGCGCAGAGUUACGUGGGGAGGAAAGAUGCUCAGACUUUCCAAUCUGCCGGACUCUGAUGGUGGUCCAUCAGACCUCAGCUUUGCAGGGUCUUUUGCUCAGAAGAGGAAAGCUGACCACUCCUGUCUGACGGAGCUGGCUGAAGAUGAGGAGAUCUUUUACUCUCACUGGGAGAUUCCUGACGAGCCAGACGACAUGGAGAUGAGUCGGAGCUCUGUGACUGCUCAAAACUUUGGCGACAGUCCCAAAGUCUGUGCGUGUCCAGAUCAGAUGCGUGAGCUUUCAGAGAAAGUGUCCGCCCUGGAGCUGAAGCUGGAAGCAGAGGCCCAGCAGAAGAUGGAGGCUGUGGAGCGGGCAGAGAUGUUCCAGUUGAGAACUGCAGACCUUGAGAGACAGCUGGAAGACCAGAGCCAUGCUCAGACUGAAAGCGAACAGAUGAGAAGAGAGUUUGCAGAAACCAUCCAGCUGUGUGAAACUCUAGCUUCAGAGAAGGAUGCGGUGAUUGCUGAGCGAGACUAUAUGAAGCAGGAACUGGGCAUGUUCAUAGAGCAGACUGAGAUUCUGGAGACUGAGAAAGCUGCUCUGUCACAAGAGCUGGAGGAGAAGGGAAAGCUGGAUGAGUUCCAAUCUCUGGAGGAGGAGUGCAGGAUGGAGUUAGAGGACGAGUUCCGAAAUGAAAUCUCCAGCUUGAAGAAGAUCAAUGAAUCCUUUGAACUGCAAUGCCAGGAGCUUCAGGACAACAAGGACCUGGUGCAGGAGGUGGCCAAACUCCGUCGCUCUCUGGAUGAUGCAGAAGGAGUCAGCAGAGACACAAAGAAGGAUUGGGCUGUUCUGCGCAGUCAAAACAUCGCUCUGGAGGAAAUGAACGUCACCCUGACUGCCAACCACAACAAGAUGGAGGCUGAGGUGAACAGCCUGCGUUUCCAACUGGAGACGGAGAAGUCACACUACAAAAAGAUGCAGAGCGACCUCCAAAAAGAACUGAACGUUGCGUUCGAUGAGAACACCAAGCUCAAUGCUCUGCUAGACGGCAAAGUCCCAAAAAGUCUGAUUGAUAAUGUGGAGCUUGAGCGGGCGGUGGGCAAUCUGAAUAAAGAGCUGACAGCGAGUCGCAAAACUGAGGCAGCUCACAGAGCAAGGCUGGAGGAGUUGGCCUCACUUCAGACUCUUCCAAAUAAGGUGGGCAACUUGAUGAAGCAGGUUUGUGAGUUGACCGAGGAGUUGUGUACUGUUAAAACUGAAAGGGACAGCCUGCUGUCAGCUCACUCUCAUUGUCAAGAGGAGGCUCAGCAGCUCAGAGGCUCCCUGCAGACGUCUCAGGAUGAGAUCCAGAAAAUCGAAGCAGACCUUAGAGCCGCUGCUCAGAGGGAGACGGAGCUGAGCCACCAGUGUGCUGAUGUGACACAGCAGCUGGAGUCACUCCACUCAGACCUGCAGCGCUUGGAUUCUGAGAGGAGCCAGCUCAUGGCUAUCAAUGAAGAGAGAGCCUUGAAGCUGAGCCAGCUGGGUGAGGAGCUGGAGGCACUGCAGGCUGAGAGAGACGCUGUCCGGUCUGGAGCUCAGAGCUCUGCGGAGGAGACGGAGAAGCUGCUCUCUACUGUUACAUUAGUGACUGCAGAGAGAGACCAGCUCAGACUGGACCUGCAGCAAAACAAGGAGAUGGCCACAGCUCUACAAGAGCAGAACCAAAGAAACCUUGACCUGGAGAGACAAAGCCAAGAGAGCCAAGCUCGGCUACAACAAGAGUCUGCAGAGACUCUGUGUCUUCUACAUUCUCUUCAAGACGACCUGCAACAGCAGAAGCAAAAGAACUCAGAUCUGGUGAAACUGUGUGAGCAGAAGGAAUCUGACUCACAGCAGCAGACAAAGACUCUAAUGGAGGAGCUUGAGAAGGUUCAAGCACAGAGAGACAAUCUGUUGUUUGAGAAGGAGAACAGCACUCAGAGCUCCUCAGAGGAGACGGAGAAGCUGCUGUGCAGAGUGACGUCUCUCAGUGAGGAGAGAGAUCAGCUGCAGGAGACACUGGAGGGACUGAGACAGGAGAAGCAGCAGCUCAGAGCAGAGCUGGAGGACAGGAUGGAGAUGAUGCAAUGUGAGUUACAGCAGCAUCUCGGCUCUGAGCCACUGUCACUGAAAGAGGAGCAGGAGGCUCAACAGCUUGAACAGAUAAAAGUCUCACAAGAGAAUAAUGUUGAAAAUGUUAAUGAUCCCUCCAUCGUGCCUCAGGUCCAACAGCUGGAAAAGCAGCUGGAGGAAAGGAAGGAAGAAGUGAGCCAGUUGAAGUCUGACCUCCAAGAGAAUGUAGAACUGAUGAUCGAGAACCAGGAGGAUCUGAGAGCAUCGCAGGAGAAGAUCAAAGUUCUCCAGAAUGAGAUCAGCAUGCUGAGGAGUCAGAAGGCAGAGCUGCAGAGCAGCCCACACAGUGGGGGGGGUGCAGAGAGCACGCUCCAGAUACAAGCGGUUCAGAAUCAGAUUCAGAGUCUGACUGAGGAGUAUGAGCGUGUGCGGGCAGAGAGAGACAAUCUACUGUCAGAGAGGACAGCCAGCACUCAGAGCUCCUCAGAGGAGACGGAGAAGCUGCUGUGCAGAGUGACGUCUCUCAGUGAGGAGAGAGAUCAGCUGCAGGAGACACUGGAGGGACUGAGACAGGAGACGCAGCAGCUCAGAGCAGAGCUGGAGGACAGGAUGGAGAUGGUGGAGCAACUGCAGGCUUCUCUCCAGGUCGUCAGUGAGCAGAAGAGCCAGUUGGAAAGUGAUCUGCAGCAAAAUAAGGAGAUGGCCACAGCUCUACAAGAGCAGAACCAAAGAAACCUUGACCUGGAGAGACAAAGCCAAGAGAGCCAAGCUCGGCUACAACAAGAGUCUGCAGAGACUCUGUGUCUUCUACAUUCUCUUCAAGACGACCUGCAACAGCAGAAGCAAAAGAACUCAGAUCUGGUGAAACUGUGUGAGCAGAAGGAAUCUGACUCACAGCAGCAGACAAAGACUCUAAUGGAGGAGCUUGAGAAGGUUCAAGCACAGAGAGACAAUCUGUUGUUUGAGAAGGAGAACAGCACUCAGAGCUCCUCAGAGGAGACGGAGAAGCUGCUGUGCAGAGUGACGUCUCUCAGUGAGGAGAGAGAUCAGCUGCAGGAGACACUGGAGGGACUGAGACAGGAGAAGCAGCAGCUCAGAGCAGAGCUGGAGGACAGGAUGGAGAUGGUACAGACUGAGGUGACACGGCUGAAUACAUCUUUACACAUCGUUACUGAGCAGAAGAAACAGCUUGAAGAUGAUCUGCAGCAAAAGGCUUCCACAACACAAAAUCUUCUGAAGUCAGUCCAAGAGGAGCUGUGUGAACAGAAAAAGAUGAACUCUUACCUGCAGACGAUGUGUCAGGAGAAGGAGUGCUCUUCAGAUCAACAGAUAAAGACUCUAACAGAAAAACUGAAGAACACUAAGGCAGAGAGAGACAGUCUGUUGUUUGAGAAGGAGAACAGCACUCAGAGCUCCUCAGAGGAGACGGAGAAGCUGCUGUGCAGAGUGACGUCUCUCAGUGAGGAGAGAGAUCAGCUGCAGGAGACACUGGAGGGACUGAGACAGGAGAAGCAGCAGCUCAGAGCAGAGCUGGAGGACAGGAUGGAGAUGCAGUUGAACGUGCAGCAGCAGUCAGAGAGAGAAAAACAAGAGGCCAGGCUGCAGCAGGAAGUGCAGCAGCUCAAGGAGCAGCUCCAAGUGAACGGGGAGAGACAAACUCAGACUCAAGCUGAAGCAGAUGCCUUACAACAGUCACUCAGUGAAGCCAACACGACCGUGUCUGCCCUCAGAGAGCAGCUGAGUAGUUUGGAUCAGGGCACCACCGGAGUCAAGGAGACGCUCUCAUCCAGGAUGCACAGCUCCACUGAGCAGCUCCAGGAGUCCUUCAGAGGUUUCCAGCACUUUAUUGACAACUGUUCCAGAUAUCAGUCCAUGCCGAAGGUCCUGAGAGUGCAGUGUUCCCUGAAGCCUAACCAUCUGGCCUCUCUUCCAAAACCCACCAUGAAUUCCUAUAACACUGUCUGUCACCUGGGACUACAGACUGUUCAGAGUCUGGGAAACAUUAUGGUUCACCUGCGGGCACGAGCCCAGAGCUACAGGUGUCUGUUUGAGGAGUUGGUGAAGAAAGACCUAGCUGUGUUCGAGGAGAGGCGGCUGCUGGAUGUGCUGUUGUGCCGAGAGCAGGCUCCCAGCUACUCUGUCAAAGACGAGGACUUUAACACACUGUGGCAGCACAGACUGACUGAGCUGCUGGACAAGAGGCAGCUCUACCAUCAGAAAAUGUCCGGUGUUCUGGAGAAGCUCUGGGUCAACAUGGCUUCUUAUCCCAGUGAGCUGUCUGCUGAGACCAGAGAGAGGGAGAGGUUCAAAGAGCAGCUGCAGGCCUUCUUCACCACCCAGCCAAUCAGCUUCAGCAGGCUCGACAACAUCCUGAGCUGUGAGCUGGAGCGCAGGUCUGCAGUGGUUCACAGCAAGAAGACCUCUCUGCAGGGCAUCAUUGGUGAACACAGUGGUGUGUUUGAAGAGCUGAAGCUGCUGGAGGCUCAGGCUUGUUCUCAGCUCACAGAGGAGAGGAGCAAAAGUUCCACACUGCUGCAGGCGCUGGAGGGAGCUCCUCUGAAGACAGAGCUCUCGCUGCUGAAGGACAACCAGCAACUUGUUCUUCAGCUCCAGCAAACGCAAGAACAAGUCAAAGCUCUGAGUUUACAGAAUGAGCAGUUGGAGGUGGCUCACAUCAACGCCAACAACAGGGUGUCCAACCAUAAACAGGCCACCCAGCUGCUGCAGACAGAGCUGCAGGACAGCCGUGCACAAGUUGAGGAGAGAGAGAACGCGAUCCAGACCCUCAGGAGCAAACUGCGAGAAUCUGAGAAAAAUGCAUCACCCAGUGCAGCUGAGCUGGAACGACUAAAAGCUAAGCUGUUCAAAGUGGAGGUGGAGUUGAGUUCAGCAACUGAUGAACAUCAACAAGAGAUCCAGAGGAUGACCACAGUGCUGAACGAAAAGGAAGAUUCACUGAGGAAGCUGAAGGAGACCCUGAGAAGAUCACAGCAGCAAGGAGAGGAGUCAUUCCUGCAGGGCGAGGACCUUCAUGCUAAGUUGACCAACCCCAGAGGUUUGGUGAUCAAGAGCAGCAUUCAGCUGGAGAAGACCAAGCUGGAGGAGGAGGUGAAACAGCUCCAAGUGAAAAUCAUUGAGCUAGAAAGCUUGGUGUCCACGCAGCAGGCAGAGAUCAGCAAAUGGAAGAGCAGAGCCAUCAAGCUAAAGGGGAAGGGCAAACCUGAAGUGGACAAGCCUUCAUCACCCUGCACUCCCACCAAGAGGGGCUUUCUGACAACCUCAGACACCUCCAACUUCUUCAGCUCACCUAAGAGGCUUCUGGUUACUCCCAAGAAGCUGCUGGAAUCUCCCAAGAAGCUGCUGGACUCUCCAAAGGCCUCUCUGCUCAACUCCCCUAAAAGCAGAUUCUUUGACAUGGACGGGAGCUCUGAGAUCUUAUCCAGAAACUGCCCCAAGCAGUUCUUUGACAACUCCAGCCUCGGCACCAUUCCAGAUGCAGCUGCAGGUGCAGCCAGAAAGGAGGAGUGGUGGCCUCAGUCCCCAAACCAAGAAGAAAUGUGUAAAACCCAGUAAAAUAAACUAGUGCAAUAGUUUUUAAAUGUCUCUUUUCACCGUCUUUGGCUUUCACUGUUUUCUGGUGUUUUGUCUUUUCAU